UACAUAAUGGCCAUGGAAAGUACGAAGGUUGGAACCUACGAAAGUAAGGAUGACACAGGGGAACAUGGGUUCCAUUACCAACGUGGCCUUGCAUAUGGGUCACUUUUAAAGCUGAUUCGUAAAAAAUACAGCUUUGACUUUUAUUACGAGAGGCAAGAUGCAGACAAGUUUGACGACCUUACGGUUACAGUCAAACAAAGCGAAACCGUACAGGGGUACUUUGUACAAGUGAAGCAUGCGUCUAAAGAAGGAUCAACAAUCGAGUACAGCCAGUUAUUCCCCGACCAUAAUGAUAAAAGCACUAACAGCGAUUUCAGUAUGUUCAAAUAUUUCAAAUCAUAUCUCAUAUUGCAAAAAAUGGAUCCACGUGAGAAACAAUUGAUCAUAUUCACAAAUAAUACUUUGAGAGAGACGGUUGAACUAAAGAAAUUGGUAUCAUUUUCCGUUGGCAACACUGACAAGAUAAUGAAUGAAGUUCUGCAAAUAGUUCCAGCUGGAAGACAGGCGACAUUUAAGCCCACUGCAGAGGCCUGCAAGCUGCUCAAGGACUAUAUCAACAAGGAAUUUCUGGCAAUAAAGAAAUUCAUAGUCGAUCUUUUCGGGAAUGCAACAGAUUUAGUUGUGUUGGAUAAUCAUAAACACCUUCUGCAUCGGAUUCUCAGUCAGACGUUGAAUUCUGUAGCCUUUAUUGACGUAGAAGUUAUUCCGGAAGAGAUGUUCCUAGAUAAGAAUUUUCCGGACAAAGGCAAUGAGUUUGAUUCACUCACAAAUGCCAUAACGCGAUUUUUCAAUGAUAAAACUGUGGAUUAUGUACUAAAAAAAUACAAAUCUGAAAUGACGUUGAUUAUUGAAAAGUCUGGAAAUAAUUUUAAGUUUACUUCAUCAUUCAUAGCUGGUAGUAAAUUAUGCAGAGUUUUAGAAAGUGAGAUGGGUGAAUUGGACGGUGAGGAAGCGAAAAAUUCAACAAAAAUAUUAUUGGAUGGAAAAGAAUCGAAAUUCAAAAGCAUUCCGACUGAUGAAGCCGAGUUCAACUCAUUUAAAGAUGCACUAAAAAAAAUGUUUGAAACCGGUGCGGUGGCUGAAAUUUUGGAAAAAUAUAAAUCGGCGCUUUAUCAAGUUUUGGAAAAGACGGAUAAUAAACAUGGGCUGAAGUUCAGGAAAACAUUCAUUGCCAGCAAUAGACUAUGCAAGGCGUUAGAAAAACAGUUACGGAGUUUGGAGAAAAUUUCUGUCACUACAGACACAGACCUUUUCGAUGAGAACAGCUUGCCGUCUGAAUCUAGGCAAUUUGAAGACUUAAAGAAUGCUAUCGAGGAUCUAUUCAAAACAGGAAAGGUUGCUGAUAUAUUGAAGGAAUAUAAAGUGGCACUAAAUAAUGUCCUUGAAAAAACCGAAGAUGGAAAAAAACUGAGAUUCAAAACAAAUACGAACAUCGUUUUAUGCAAACUUCUUGAAAUUGAUCUGAAAAGCUUAAGUAAAGUUAGAAUCACUGUACCGUUAUCGCUGUUGGAUGCCAAGAACUCCAAAUUGAAAAUUUUUCCAACUGUUGACAGCAACAUUAUUUCACUCCGAAACGCUGUUCAAAGUUUAUGGAAAAAUGGCAGCGUUGGUAAAGUUUUGCUCAAGUAUCAAACUCCUUUGCAAGAAAUUUUGGUAAAAAAUUAUGAUGGAUCAAUAAAGCUUGCCUCAAGUUUUAAAAAUCGAAAUGAUAAUCAAAGCAUCAGAUUAUUGUUCGAAUUAUUGAAGGCGGAUUCUAUCGACAUGAAUUUGGAAGUUAAGCCACAAAGACUAUUAUUCAAAACUUUGCCUUCUUCUCUCGACCAUGUAAAUCGACUUAAAAAUUCUCUCGUGGAGUUUUUCAAAACAGGCGCCGUAGACGAUGUGCUGAUCGAUUACCAAGUCGGUUUGAAAGAUAUUCUGAAGCCUUGUUAUGAAAUUAAAUUUUCAAAAUCUUUCUCUGAACCCAGCGAAGAAUUUGAAUUGCUUCACAAACAGUUGCAGAAUGACAAUAUUGAUUAUUUGGAUAGAAGUUUAGAGAGGUUCAAAAAGUUUUGUGGCAAAGCCAAGGAGGAUCAGGAAAAAGAAUUAAACGAACUCGAACGAAAUCGAUUUGAUCAGGUAACAAUUUAUGAAAUGUUCUUUAACACGAUUUUUAGAACGAAUGCACCAGUUGCAAUAUAUGAUGAAAUCAGCUCUUUAUAUGAUUCAUGCGUUCAUGGCAGCUUCGAUGAACAUUUAUUACUGGCAAUCAAAACACUUGACGUAACGGAACUGGAUAAGAAGUUCAAAAAUGUUGGAAACCGAAGAAAAUAUGACAAUUUCCGCCAAAAAUGUUUCAAAGCCUCUGAGAAGUCCAUUCUCAUAGAAAUUGUCAACAAAGAAAUUAAAUUUACUCAUCAGUCUUUUGGAGAAUUUUUGAUUGCAAAAUAUUUAUUCGACAAUCUUUACGAUCACAAGACCUUCUUGUCAGAUAUAUUUCGCCGGAACGAAAAUAUAAAAACCUAUACCAUGAUGAUGAUUGAAAAUCAUACUGUUAGAAGUAUCGACAAAAACGAUCAAGAGAAACAAAUAUGGUUCCAAGAUCUUGGCGAGCUUUUCGAAGAAUGUCAAAAUGAAAUUGUGGAGUUGUUGAUCGAAAAAGGUACAAACAUUGAACUAUCGACGAAUAAAGGCCAUACGGCAAUGCAUGUCGCGGCCCUAAGUGGAAAAGUGGAUGUUUUGAGAACUUUGAUUGAUAAAAAAGCCAAAAUUGAUGUACAUGAUGAAAUCGGUGUGACGCCUCUGCACUGUGCCACUCAAGAAGGUCACAACGAUGCAGUGGUAUUGUUGAUCCGCGAAGGUGCUAACAUCGAGCUAUCGAGGAAAGAUGGCAGAACGGCAAUGCAUGUCGCUGCCUUCAAUGGAAAAGUGGAUGUUUUGAGCACUUUGAUUGAUAAAAAGGCAAAAAUUGAUGCACAUGAUGAAAAUGGUGUGACGCCUCUGCACUGUGCCGCUCAAGAAGGUCACAACGAUGCAGUGGUAUUGUUGAUCCGCGAAGGUGCUAACAUCGAGCUAUCGACGAAAGAAGGCGGAACGGCAAUGCAUGUCGCUGCCCUAAGUGGAAACGUGGAUGUUUUGAGAACUCUGAUUGAUAAAAAAGCCAAAAUUGAUGCACAAACUGAAAAUGGUGGUACGCCUCUGCACUGUGCCGCUCAAGAAGGUCACAACGAUGCAGUGGUAUUGUUGAUCCGCGAAGGUGCUAACAUCGAGCUAUCGACGAAAGAUGGCAGAACGGCAAUGCAUGUCGCUGCUUUCAAAGGAAGAGUGGAUGUUUUGAGCACUUUGAUUGAUAAAAAGGCAAAAAUUGAUGCACAAACUGAAAAUGGUGUGACGCCUCUGCACUUUGCCGCUCAAGAAGGUCACAACGAUGCAGUGGUAUUGUUGAUCCGCGAAGGUGCUAGCAUCGAGCUAUCGACGAAAGAUGGCAGAACGGCAAUGCAUGUCGCUGCUUUCAAAGGAAGAGUGGAUGUUUUGAGCACUUUGAUUGAAAAAAAGGCAAAAAUUUAUGCACAAACUGAAAAUGGUGUGACGCCUCUGCACUUUGCCGCUCAAAAAGGUCACAACGAUGCAGUGGUAUUGUUGAUCCGCAAAGGUGCUAACAUCGAGCUAUCGGGGAAAGAUGGCAGAACGGCAAUGCAUUCCGCUGCCUUCAAUGGAAGAGUGGAUGUUUUGAGCACUUUGAUUGAUAAAAAGGCAAAAAUUGAUGCACAUGAUGAAAAUGGUUGGACGCCUCUGCACUGUGCCGCUCAAGAAGGUCACAACGAUGCAGUGGUAUUGUUGAUCCGCGAAGGUGCUAACAUCGAGCUAUCAGCGAAAGAUGGCGGAACGGCAAUGCAUUCCGCUGCCUUCCAUGGAAGAGUGGAUGUCUUGAGCACUUUGAUUGAUAAAAAGGCAAAAAUUGAUGCACAUGAUGAAAAUGGUGUGACGCCUCUGCACUGUGCCGCUCAAGAAGGUCACAACGAUGCAGUGGUAUUGUUGAUCCGCGAAGCAAAAAUUGAUGCACAAACUGAAAAUGGUGUGACGCCUCUGCACUUUGCCGCUCAAAAAUGUCACAACGAUGCAGUGGUAUUGUUGAUCCGCAAAGGUGCUAACAUCGAGCUAUCGGGGAAAGAUGGCAGAACGGCAAUGUUUUUCGCUGCUUUCAAAGGAAUAGUGGAUGUUUUGAGCACUUUGAUUGAUAAAAAGGCAAAAAUUGAUGCACAAACUGAAAAUGGUGUGACGCCUCUGCACUUUGCCGCUCAAGAAGGUCACAACGAUGCAGCGGUAUUGUUGAUCCGCAAAGGUGCUAACAUCGAGCUAUCGGCGAAAGAUGGCGGAACGGCAAUGCAUGUCGCUGCCUCCGAUGGAAGAGUGGAUGUUUUGAGACCUGUGCUUGACUAUAAAGCCAAACGUGGUGCUCAUGAUGAAAAUGGUGGGACGCCUCUGCACUGUGCCGCUCAAGAAGGUCACAACGAUGCAGUGGUAUUGUUGAUCCGCGAAGGUGCUAACAUCGAGCUAUCGACGAAAGAUGGCGGAACGGCAAUGCAUGUCGCUGCCCUAAGUGGAAACGUGGAUGUUUUGAGAACUCUGAUUGAUAAAAAAGCCAAAAUUGAUGCACAAACUGAAAAUGGUGUGACGCCUCUGCACUGUGCCGCUCAAGAAGGUCACAACGAUGCAGUGGUAUUGUUGAUCCGCAAAGGUGCUAACAUCGAGCUAUCGGCGAAAGAUGGCGGAACGGCAAUGCAUUUCGCUGCCUUCAAUGGAAAAGUGGUUGUUUUGAGCACUUUGAUUGAUAAAAAGGCAAAAAUUGAUGCACAUGAUGAAAAUGGUGUGACGCCUCUGCACUGUGCCGCUCAAGAAGGUCACAACGAUGCAGUGGUAUUGUUGAUCCGCGAAGGUGCUAACAUCGAGCUAUCGACGAAAGAUGGCGGAACGGCAAUGCAUGUCGCUGCCCUAAGUGGAAACGUGGAUGUUUUGAGAACUCUGAUUGAUAAAAAGGCCAAAAUUGAUGCACAAACUGAAAAUGGUGUGACGCCUCUGCACUGUGCCGCUCAAGAAGGUCACAACGAUGCAGUGGUAUUGUUAAAUCGCGAGGGCGCCGACAAGGAGCAGAGGGCGGAAAACGGCGGAACGGCAAUGCAUGUCGCUGCUUUCAAAGGAAGAGUGGAUGUUUUGAGCACUUUGAUUGAUAGAAAGGCAAAAAUUUAUGCACAAACUGAAAAUGGUGUGACGCCUCUGCACUGUGCCGCUCAAGAAGGUCACAACGAUGCAGUGGUAUUGUUGAUCCGCAAAGGUGCUAACAUCGAGCUAUCGAGGAAAAAUGGCAGAACGGCAAUGCAUGACGCUGCCUUCAAUGGAAGAGUGGAUGUUUUGAGCACUUUGAUUGAUAAAAAGGCCAAAAUUGAUGCACAAAAUGAAAAUGGUUGGACGCCUCUGCACUGUGCCGCUCAAGAAGGUCACAACGAUGCAGUGGUAUUGUUGAUCCGCAAAGGUGCUAACAUCGAGCUAUCGAGGAAAGAUGGCAGAACGGCAAUGCAUGUCGCUGCUUUCAAAGGAAGAGUGGAUGUUUUGAGCACUUUGAUUGAUAAAAAGGCCAAAAUUGAUGCACAUGAUGAAAAUGGUGUGACGCCUCUGCACUGUGCCGCUCAAGAAGGUCACAACGAUGCAGUGGUAUUGUUGAUCCGCAAAGGUGCUAACAUCGAGCUAUCGGCGAAAGAUGGCGGAACGGCAAUGCAUUACGCUGCCUUCAAUGGAAGAGUGGAUGUUUUGAGCACUUUGAUUGACAAAAAGGCAAAAAUUGAUGCACAUGAUGAAAAUGGUGUGACGCCUCUGCACUGUGCCGCUCAAGAAGGUCACAACGAUGCAGUGGUAUUGUUGAUCCGCGAAGGUGCUAACAUCGAGCUUGCGACGAAAAAUGGCAGAACGGCAAUGCAUGUCGCUGCUUUCAAAGGAAGAGUGGAUGUUUUGAGCACUUUGAUUGAUAAAAAGGCAAAAAUUGAUGCACAAACUGAAAAUGGUGUGACGCCUCUGCACUUUGCCGCUCAAAAAGGUCACAACGAUGCAGUGGUAUUGUUGAUCCGCAAAGGUGCUAACAUCGAGCUAUCGAGGAAAGAUGGCAGAACGGCAAUGCAUUCCGCUGCCUUCAAUGGAAGAGUGGAUGUUUUGAGCACUUUGAUUGAUAAAAAGGCAAAAAUUGAUGCACAUGAUGAAAAUGGUUGGACGCCUCUGCACUAUGCCGCUCAAGAAGGUCACAACGAUGCAGUGGUAUUGUUGAUCCGCAAAGGUGCUAACAUCGAGCUAUCGGCGAAAGAUGGCGGAACGGCAAUGCAUGUCGCUGCCUCCGAUGGAAGAGUGGAUGUUUUGAGCACUUUGAUUGAUAAAAAGGCCAAAAUUGAUGCACAUGAUGAAAAUGGUGUGACGCCUCUGCACUUUGCCGCUCAAGAAGGUCACAACGAUGCAGUGGUAUUGUUGAUCCGCGAAGGUGCUAACAUCGAGCUAUCGAUGAAAAAUGCCAAAAUUGAUGCACAUGAUGAAAAUGGUGUGACGCCUCUGCAUUGUGCCGCUCAAGAAGGUCACAACGAUGCAGUGGUAUUGUUGAUCCGCAAAGGUGCUAACAUCGAGCUAUCGGCGAAAGAUGGCGGAACGGCAAUGCAUGUCGCUGCCUCCGAUGGAAGAGUGGAUGUUUUGAGCACUUUGAUUGAUAAAAAGGCCAAAAUUGAUGCACAAAAUGAAAAUGGUUGGACGCCUCUGCACUGUGCCGCUCAAGAAGGUCACAACGAUGCAGUGGUAUUGUUGAUCCUCAAAGGUGCUAACAUCGAGCUAUCGAGGAAAGAUGGCAGAACGGCAAUGCAUUUCGCUGCCUUCAAUGGAAGAGUGGAUGUUUUGUGCACGUUGAUUGAUGAAAAAGCCAAAAUUGAUGCACAUGAUGAAGAUGGUUGGACGCCUCUGCACUGUGCCGCUCAAGAAGGUCACAACGAUGCAGUGGUAUUGUUGAUCCGCAAAGAAGGUCACAACGAUGCAGUGGUAUUGUUGAUCCGCAAAGGUGCUAACAUCGAGCUAUCGGCGAAAGAUGGCGGAACGGCAAUGCAUGUCGCUGCCUCCGAUGGAAGAGUGGAUGUUUUGAGCACUUUGAUUGAUAAAAAGGCCAAAAUUGAUGCACAAAAUGAAAAUGGUUGGACGCCUCUGCACUGUGCCGCUCAAGAAGGUCACAACGAUGCAGUGGUAUUGUUGAUCCGCAAAGGUGCUAACAUCGAGCUAUCGAGGAAAGAUGGCAGAACGGCAAUGCAUUUCGCUGCCUUCAAUGGAAGAGUGGAUGUUUUGUGCACUUUGAUUGAUGAAAAAGCCAAAAUUGAUGCACAUGAUGAAGAUGGUUGGACGCCUCUGCACUGUGCCGCUCAAGAAGGUCACAACGAUGCAGUGGUAUUGUUGAUCCGCAAAGGUGCUAAUAUCGAGCUAUCGAGGAAAGCUGGCAGAACGGCAAUGCAUUCCGCUGCCUUCAAUAGAAGAGUGGAUGUUUUGAGCACUUUGAUUGAUAAAAAGGCAAAAAUUGAUGCACAUGGAAAAUGGUUGACGCCUCUGCACUGUGCCGCUCAAGAAGGUCACAACGAUGCAGUGGUAUUGUUGAUCCGCAAAGGUGCUAACAUCGAGCUAUCGACGAAAUAUGGCAGAACGGCAAUGCAUGUCGCUGCCUUCAAUGGAAGAGUGGAUGUUUUGUGCACUUUGAUUGAUGAAAAAGCCAAAAUUGAUGCACAUGAUGAAGAUGGUUGGACGCCUCUGCACUUUGCCGCUCAACAAGGAAACAACGAUGCAGUGGUAUUGUUGAUCCGCAAAGGUGCUAACAUCGAGCUAUCGAGGAAAGAUGGCAGAACGGCAAUGCAUUCCGCUGCCUUCAAUAGAAGAGUGGAUGUUUUGAGCACUUUGAUUGAUAAAAAGGCAAAAAUUGAUGCACAUGCUGAAAAUGGUUGGACGCCUCUGCACUGUGCCGCUCAAGAAGGUCACAACGAUGCAGUGGUAUUGUUGAUCCGCAAAGGUGCUAACAUCGAGCUAUCGAUGAAAGACGGCAGAACGGUAAUGCAUGUCGCUGCCUCCGAUGGAAGAGUGGAUGUUUUGAGCACUUUGAUUGAUAAAAAGGCCAAAAUUGAUGCACAAACUGAAAAUGGUGUGACGCCUCUGCACUUUGCCGCUCAAGAAGGUCACAACGAUGCAGUGGUAUUGUUGAUCCGCGAAGGUGCUAACAUCGAGCUAUCGCUGAAAGAUGGUAGAACGGCAAUGCAUGUCGCUGCCUUCAAUGGAAAAGUGGAUGUUUUGAGCACUUUGAUUGAUAAAAAGGCCAAAAUUGAUGCACAUGAUGAAAAUGGUGUGACGCCUCUGCACUUUGCCGCUCAAGAAGGUCACAACGAUGCAGUGGUAUUGUUGAUCCGCGAAGGUGCUAACAUCGAGCUAUCGACAAAAGAUGGUAGAACUGCAAUGCAUGUCGCUGCCUUCAAUGGAAGAGUGGAUGUUUUGAGCACUUUGAUUGUUAAAAAAGCCAAAAUUGAUGCACAUGAUGAAAAUGGUGUGACGCCUCUGCAUUGUGCCGCUCAAGAAGGUCACAACGAUGCAGUGAUAUUGUUGAUCCGCAAAGGUGCUAACAUCGAGCUAUCGAGGAAAGAUGGCAGAACGGCAAUGCAUUCCGCUGCCUUCAAUAGAAGAGUGGAUGUUUUGAGCACUUUGAUUGAUAAAAAGGCAAAAAUUGAUGCACAUGAUGAAAAUGGUUGGACGCCUCUGCACUGUGCCGCUCAAGGAGGUCACAACGAUGCAGUGGUAUUGUUGAUCCGCGAAGGUGCUAACAUCGAGCUAUCGAUGAAAGAUGGCGGAACGGCAAUGCAUGUCGCUGCCCUAAGUGGAAAAGUGGAUGUUUUGAGAACUCUGAUUGAUAAAAAAGCCAAAAUUGAUCCAAAAACAGCAAAUGGUUUGACGCCUCUGCACUGUGCCGCUCAAGAAGGUCACAACGAUGCAGUGAUAUUGUUGAUCCGCAAAGGUGCUAACAUCGAGCUAUCGAGGAAAGAUGGCAGAACGGCAAUGCAUUCCGCUGCCUUCAAUGGAAGAGUGGAUGUUUUUAGCACUUUGAUUGAUAAAAGGCAAAAUUGA